AUGAAUCGCCUAAACGUCGGACUGCCGCGGGGAGACUACCAAGUCAAGCAGGGAGGCGUGAUCUACCUGUGUCCUGGUGGGUUGCGUGACGUGUUGAUGGAACGAUAUCUCUUGCAAGGUGUACAUCAGCUCGCGUGCGAAUUGAUCUUAUCUCGCUUGGCACUGUUGGUUGGUGCAAUCGAUGCUUGGGGAAUUCAAGUCCCCCAUGAUGAGACAGUGGCCGCUAUUCGCCCAUUGGCGCAUUCCUGUGAAGAGUUCGAGGACAUUUGUUCCGGGAGACCGGUAGAUAAUACCAAUGGACUCGUAGCCUCUAGCCAUGAGUUUUGUUCGACACCGUAG